GAUGAUGUCUCUGGGAAUAUCUCAAGGGCCUCUCAGCAGGUAGCAGUGUCUUGGAGAAGAGCAGCAGCAGCAGCAGCAGCAGCAGCAGCAGCAGCAGCAGCAGCAGCAGCGGGUGACAGAACAAUAGAGCCAUCUAGGUCAAAAGGCUCCACCCCAGUUGGUCUCCUUCUCAGUGGCAGCAAGGUCAAAGCCAGCCUACUCAAGGCUGGAGGAAGCUACAAGAAAGGAUCUCAUUCCUUACUUUUUCUUUUUCUGCCUUUGAUGUAUAAAAAUACUGUUUUAUGUUACCUAAGACAAAUGAGCCCUCACUUGGUUUUCCAUAUAACUAUUUAAUAGUACUAAUGAGAUAAACCUGCCCCUGAGCUGUUUUAUGACAUCAUCUUGGUCAUGUGAUGUGUUCUCUGCCUGGUACCGUAGGAUGGAUGUAACAGGUUACUCCUGAGAAGUGAGGGGAUGGAGGCACAGAGAGGUAGGCUCUCUUAUCCUAGUCUGCCCAGGAGUAAGUAAGUGGAGCAAGCAGCGCUUGAACUCAGGGUACUGCCCCAGACUGAGCACUAAGCAACUAUAGGAAAAGCCUUGCCCGAAAUAAAAUGAGCCUUUGUCAUCCAAAUCUUGAGCUGAUUAUUUGAAACUGCAGUGAAUUAAUUCUUCUUUUAUGAUGGUAGAGUCUUUACUCUGUGUUAGAAGAUACAAAGUUGUAAGAAGUUAAGGGGUGACGACAGACAUAUAAAAAAGAGAAUAUCUUGGAGUCCUCAACCCUACUCCACCAUCCAGAGGAAACAGGCAAAGGAGGAGACAGUAUGGCCACAGGGUGUGCAGUCUCUGAAGGCUGUGCACCAGAAUAUUAUCAUUUUUCCAUUGCUGGCUGUAGACGUCAUUUUUCUAUUGGAAGAAGACAAAAAUAGGACUAAGUAAAUGAGGGAAGUUUAGUCUACCAGAAAAGGACAGCCAUGGGGAAAGUUGUAUGGUUUAGGGAAUGAUGAAGGUAAAUCCUACUGACACACGGGGAGAUUAAAAACCAGGGGUUAAAAAAAAGCUAUAACUUCUACCCUUAAGUGUUCCCUUCUCCCAUCUCUCCACCCCUGUUUUGUUUUUGUUUUUUUUUUCCUGCCAGAUAAUGUCCUACUUUGACAAAUUAGUGAAAUAAACUGAGAAAUUGUUGUUUUGAUGUGGGCUUGAAUCCUUGUCACUGGCAGCUCGCCCUGCCAGUCACAGUAAUGUUUAUCCAUUAGCCCUUUCCCACAGCGCGCUGAAUGGAAUGAAAGCUAUUUUGUUUGUAGCUUUUAUUUCUUGAAAAGUUGCCCACCAGAUUUCAAAAUCCGUGCCAGCCACAAAGAUGUCUGCUUUUAAAUAUCCAUGACUUCUACCAAAUAAAUAACUGGAGGCUCUCACCUGAGGAACUCUGACCUCCCAUCUACUUGCCAACAAGCAGCCACACAUCCGAGUCCUGUGUCACUGCAGCACUCACAGCUCUAACUUGUGUUCCUUUUCCUCUUCAUAGGAAGCGGACAUUUUCACUUGAACAAGGAUUUGAGUUGACCCCUAUUCCAGAUCAAUUUGCAAAGCAUUGAGGUAUUAAAUGCAUUGCAUUUGAUUUAUACCUUUGUUUACUCUGCACCAGUAAAUCCUGGUGGAAUUCAGAGAGAAGCUGAUGACAGCUGAAAAUACCCAAAUCUGGUUCACUUGCAGAGUACUUCUGUUUGUGUAAAAACAAAUAACGAAAUUUUAAGAAUUUAAAGGUAAAUGCAGACAUACAGAAAUGAGCCAUUAAUUUCCUUCCCUGCCUAGGAAGUGCCUUGAGCAAUUACUUCUUUCCUAUUUAGUUGGUGAAGUGUAAAGGAAUACUUCCUACUCUGUGCACAAGCUGGUGUUCUCUGUUACACCCACAGCCUGAGCAGGCUCCUAAGACUGCACUUUAAAUUUACACACUAAAGUCAAAAAGAAUUAGAAGAUGUUUAGUCAUCUCAGGCUUCCAUAACAAAAUAGAUUUACAGUUUGACUUAAAUCUUAAAGAAUAGGUUUAUUUUUUCACAAGUGCUGAAGGCUGAGAACAGGGCUUGGCAUGUUCAUUUCUGAGACAUGCUCUUUGUGACUUCCAACAGCAACGUUCUUAUUAUACCUUCAAAGAGUAAAGGGAGAAGAGUGAAAGGGUUUUUAUCUCUCUUCUUCUAAAAUCACGAUUCAGGAUUCUGUAGGGUUAGGUCUCACCACUGUGACCUAAUUUAACUUUAAUUACCCCUUGAAUACCUUGUUUCCAGAUAUAAGUAUACUGAGAUAGAGGGCUUCACAUAAUAGUCUGUGGCUGCAUCCCCCUAUUGAAAACAUGGGGAACUGGAGCAUUUAUAUUGGUUUCAAGUGACAUGGUUUUAUCUUUUCUUUUCUUUUGUUUUUGUUUUUGGUUUUGGUUUUGCUUUCAAGACAGGGUUUCUCUGUGUAGCCCUGGCUGUCCUAGAACUCACUCUGUAGACCAGGCUGGCCUCGAACUCAGAAAGCCACCUGCCUCUGCCUCCCAAGUGCUGGGAUUAAAGGUGUGUGCCUGGUGUAGUUUUAUCUUUUAUAAUGGAAGUGUAAGUUAUCAUUUAUCUCCAGUUGUAGGCAUAUAUCAUGUUAGUGCUCAAGAAUGAAGGCUUCCUUCUCAAAAUCAUUUAUUUAAUUUUAUACCACUACAUUAUAAUCUUCAAAGCCAUACUUCCUGGCAAGCAAAACUUCACUACAUCUGCUUCUCCAAAUUCAGAGUUGGGUUGUUGUUGUUGUUCUUCAGAAAUUUUGCUUUAAUUUUUGUUUUGUUUUUCGAGACAAGAUUUCUCUGUGUUAGCUGUAGCUGUCCUCAGACUCACUCUGUAGAUCACCCUGGCUUUGAACUUAGAUCUACCUCCAAGGUGCUGGGGAUAAAGUGGUACAGCAGUACUGCCCAGCUGGAAGACUUGUUCUUAGUCUAAGUAUAUGAGAAAUAUCAAGAGGAUCACACCCAUACAUAGUGGUAUAGAAUGGGAACUUGCCAAAGGGGAAGAAUUCAAUACUGAAGUUUUCAUAUUUCUAAAUGUCCUUGAUUCCAAAUACUAUUACUAAGCUGUGUCAUAUCACCAAGUACGAUUACAUUUGUACUUGCUGGAAUUGGGAACUCCUUAGUGACCUUUGAACUCAAAGAAAUGUGACAUUUCUACUUAUGACACACUUGAAAGUUCCUUAGUUUAUCACACAGGUACUUCCCUUAUUUGUAUCUUCUCUGCCCACACCUCCAAGAACUUAUGUUAGUUACCUUUCCAUCACUGUGACCAAAAAUACAUGGCAGAAACAAUUUAAGGGUAAAAAGAUUUAUUUUGCUUUACAGUUUUGGAGGUUUCAGCCCAUCAGUCAGAGUUUGAGAGGCUGCAUCCGUGUCAGUGGAAACAGAGUAGCUCACCAUUCACUUGACAGGGAACAGGAAGCGGAGCGCUAGACUAGAAGGAACCAGGGUGGGUGUAGCCUUCAAAGGCUCCCUCUAGGAACUUCCUGUCUCAGCCAGGUCCACCUUUUAAGGGCUCUAUAGUCUUAUGAGCCUCUGGGGACAUCCAUAUCCAAGCUGUGACAUUCUGACUAAUGGCACUUUAACAGCUGCUGCUUGUGCUAUAAUACAAAAUGUGUUGAGUUCAAUUCAAAAGUCCCUACAGACUAAACAGUCUCAACUCUUAAGAUUCAGAGCUCUGAAACAAGCUCUCUUAGUUGUGAGCUCUUAUAAAAUCAAAAUAAAGUUCCAUAUUCCAACAUGAAAUGAAAUAAACAUUCCUUUCCAAAUGGAAGGAACUGUAGAAUACCAAAGAAAGAUUAGAUCAACAGUACAAACAUUUGACCCAGUAGCUCCAUGCUUGGCACCAAGAUAUAUGGUGUUAUCAUCAGAACCCCACUGGGCUGUGGCUCUGCCACUUAUGACCUGUCCUCACUAACACUUUCUCAUACCCAUUUCACCAGUUUUAAAAUCCUGGGGUCUCCAUGGCAACUUGGACUUCAUCUUAAAGCUUGGCUCACAGCAUGCUCAAGAGUUUCCUGUACAGAAUCCAGCCAUAUAUAUGACCACGCCUCAAGUAUGGCUUUUAUGAAAUCUGGGUACAAACCUUCAGCUCUGUAACUCUUGUAUUCUAUAUGGCUGUAAAACAGUGCCAUAUGAACAACACCAAGCUAUUGCCAACUCAAGAAGUAGGGUGGCCCUUUGCAUAUGCAGCAUUCUCUGCCUGCAUGGUUAAAUCUAGAAAAGUAUUUUACUAGGUGGCCUUAAUCUACAAGAAGGCCCUUCAGCUUGCUGGUUUUAAAUGAAUUCUGAAUGUUUUUCCAGUUUUACACCCUGGGACUUUCAAAAGGAAGGGUAAUACCUUUAAUUAUCUGUCCUAUUGUCCCAGUGCAAAGUGUGCCACUAAUCUCAACACCUGUCUACAGCAUUAAUUCAGAUCUUGUAUCUUUCUUUGCCGAACAGCAUGGUUUUAAAACCCUUCAUUCUUUAGUCUUGGUUCUCACUAUAAAUCUGGCCAAAAGUAGUGAGCAAUAGCAAUUUCAUUUUAUAAAACGUUUGUGUGUGUGUGUGUGUGUGUGUGUGUGUGUGUGUGUGUAUCUGUACUUGUAAGUGCAAGUGCUCACAGAGUCCAGAAGAGGGAAUUAGAUCCCUGGAAGUAGUUAGAGGCGGUUGUAAGAUACCCAGUAUAGAUGUUAAGAACCGAACACCAGUACUCUCCAAGAGCAAUACAUGCUCUUAACCACUGAGCCAUCUCUCCAGCAUAUGCAGCAGCCAUUUCACAGCUCGAAUGCUGUGCUAUUUAGAAAAUUUCUCUGGCAAAUAAAUUAGACUAGUAAGUUUCACUAAGUUUCAGUACAUAGACAAAAUGUAGACAAAUUCUUUGUCAGAACAUUAUAUGAGUGGCCACUGGUUUAAUUGCCUCUAAUGUUUGUUCCCAUCUGAGGCUUCACAUGCAGUCUUUACUAUCAGUACUUCUAUCAGCAUUCUGGUCUUUAGAAUCCCCUGAAGUCGCCCAUUAAGUCCACUUAGAGACUUUGAAGACUCCUUAGUCUACAUCUCCCUCCAAACUGUUCUACUUUCCCCACAAACCAUUCCAAAGGCUAAGAACCAAAUGAUCUGGUUUAUGUGAUUGUAGCCAUGGCUCCGAUCUUGGUAAUGAUUUUCCAUAUUCUUUCCAUAUGCUGUGCUCACAGUAACCAACAGAAAUAAUUAAAAGAAGAAAGGCUUAUUUUUUUACCUUACUGUUUCAGAAAACUUUCAUCCAUUCAAAUCUGGAAGACAUGGGAGAAAGUUAUCUGUGGCAUCAAAACCUUGAAGCAGCCACUGUUCAGGUGGCAUGGCCCAGGAAACAGCUAGACCAGACCAGAAUCAGUGACAGAUGUAACCUUCAGAGCCCUAACAUAGUAACCUCUUCCAGCCAGAUGCUCUUUGACCUUCUACGAGUACUCACUGAAAGUGUGAGCUAAUGGGACAGUCACAGUCAAACCACAACGGGCAGAGAUGUUACCUGUCAUCAGUUUUGGCGAGGCAGCUGCUCUCAUCUUCAGCUGUUGAGUCACCUCAAAUGUUUAGAAUAUGAAGACAGAUGUAUAACGUUUUGGAAGUUGAGGCACAAAGCAUGAUGGUUAAGGGCUUAACUGCAAAGACAGACUGCCUGAUUUCAGAUUUCUGUGCUACUAUUCUGUCCCUGUGUUCUCUGCAUAAUUCAUUUUCUGCUACACUCAGAAUCGAGUUGCUUAAGCUCUUGCCUUAAACUUCCCAGUAUUUUCCAAAAAAGUAAAUGCAGAGCCUUCAUAGCCUCUUCUGUACCUGACUCUUCCCUCUCCUUGCUCUCUAGCUCACGCUUUGCACUCUCCUGACCUGUUUUUAAGACAUGCAUGGCAGGCAUCAUCUAUGUAGAGUGCUCCUUUCUGAUGUUUAUGGAGUUGCCUCUGUCCAGCAUCAGAGUCACUUUUCUGAUUGUAUUGUUGAAAGCAGCCCCUGCCUUCAUUGCUUCCCAUUUCCUUACCGUUUCUGGAGUGGUCAAAGGAAAGGCUGGAAUAAGAAAAUCAUACAGGGAAGUGUUUGGGUAUGGUAACUAUGAACAUGGGCUCUAGUACUCGACUCCUUAGGACUGAACACUGACUGUUCUUACAACCUCUGGGGGUUUUCUCCAUUUCAGUUUUGGGCCUCUGUGAAAUGGGGCCAGUGGGACUUACCUACCAUAAAGGUUAUACUUGGGGUUAAGCAAAUUAAACUUUUAAAUGUACUUAGCACAGAGUCCAUAGUUAAUAUUCAGCCAGUCUUACAGUAUGGUCACUAUAGUCUUCUCAGUCCCCGAACUUCCUGUGUCAUUAAGUUGUUUAUGUCUUUGUUGUCUGUCUGCUUGAUUCUGAACUCUGAAUUCAACAGUAAGACCCUUGCAGCCUGUCUCUCAGUCUCUCACACCUGGAAAGCACCUGGUUUGGAAGGUUUACAGUUGCUGCUCUUCAGUCCAAAGUAGAACAGUAUGAACGUGAAACCAAUCGCCUCAAGAAAGCUCUAGAACGAAGUGAUAAAUAUAUAGAGGAACUAGAGUCUCAAGUAGCACACCUGAAACACUCAGAGGAGGCCAAGGAAGACGUGGAUGCUCUGUGCCAGAGGGCACCCUCUGCAGAUAGCAAGGGGCCCAACGGCAGCGAUGAGCUUGGACCACCAAAGAAUCAGAGUGACAGUGCCAGAAAGCAGGCUGGCUCGGCCAGUGCUUCUCACCUGGCCUCACCUUCUAGCAGCAGACUAGCUGACUCCGGUUCUGUCAGACAGGAGAGCACCAGCAGGACUGAACCAAACUGUCCCCAAAACAAAGACAGAUACCCCAAGCCCACAGAACCUCGGCUGGGUGCAAGAGAGACUCCGAUGGACACUUACUUGGAAAGAGAGUGGGGCAGCAAGCCAAGCGACUGUGCACCUUACAAAGAGGAUGAGCUUUAUGGUAUCCCAGCUUCCUGCACUCCCUUGUCACUUAGCUGCCUUCAGCUGAACACUCCAGAAAACAGAGAGAACCCUGUGAUCAAAGCAGGGAGCUCCAAAAAGCAUGCAAACCAUCUCAGAAAACUGGUCUUUGAUGAUUUCUGUGAUUCUCCAAAUGCCUGUAAUAACAAUUCUUCAGAGGAUGAUAGAAGGGAAAAUGAAAAGAAAUCAGACUGCUUUGCUUCCUCAAAGACAGGAUUUUGGGAUUGUUGCUCCACAAGCUAUGCCCAGAGCUUGGAGUUUGACGGUUCAGAGGGAAACGCAAUAGCAAACUCUGUUGGGGAGAUACCUUCAAAAUUGAGUGAGAAGUCAGGAUCGUGCUUGUCCAAGAGACUCAGCUGUAUCCGCUCCCUCGAAAUGAAUCGAACAAGAACAUCCAGUGAGGCGUCCAUGGAUGCUGCUUAUCUCGACAAAAUCUCUGAGCUGGACUCCAUGAUGUCAGAGUCUGACAACAGCAAGAGCCCUUGUAAUAACGGUUUUAAAUCGGUGGAGGUGGAGGGGCCCUCAAAGUCACCUCAAGGCAGGGAGUUUCUCGAGGAACCUGACAAGUUACAAGAAGGAAGUAAACUGAACCUUUCCAAACCUGCUCUCACAGCUGACGGGUUAGAGAGUGGGGGGGAGUGGAAACCCAGCUCUUUCUUUCUCCUUUCUCCAGCUGACCACGAGAUGAGUGAAGAUUUUUCUCUCCACUCCACUUCUCAUUCAGGAACUAGUGAGGUCAAACCUCCAAACUGUUUGUUUCAGACAGAGUUUUCCCAGGGUGCUCUGUUAAGCAGUUCCCAGGGAUUAUUUGAGGAUCAGAGGUUUGGAUCGUCCUUAUUUAAGAUGUCCUCAGAGAUGCAGAGCCUUCACAGCCCUCUUCAGUCUCCGUGGUCUGCUGCCUUUGUGCCUGAAAAGAGGAGUAAGAAUGGGAACCAGUCAACCAAGAGAAAGAUACAGAGCAGCCUUGCCAACGCCAGCCCGUCCAAAGCCACCAAAAGCUGACUCACCAGGGGAUAGCCUUGCAAGGGGUGGGGGUGUUUUCAAUGUUACUGUAGUCACUUCAUGAAGGUUCUAUACAAUCCUGAACUGAUAAUCUUCAGUCAAGUGUCAACUCAGAAUGGUGGGUCACCUAUCUCCAGGGUACUGCAUCUUGAAGAAACUGGUCUGUCUCUCUCGUUUGGUCAUCUUUUUAACCAGAGAGCUUAGAGAGAUGAUCGGAUUUGUCUCUGUGUUGUUUGUUCUCUUUGUAAGGAAUGUUGUGUGUAUCUGGAUUGGCUCCAUAUUGUUCUCUCAGAUCUGGCUUGUUAGGUAUGGUGGCCUGUUAAGGCUCAACUGCCUUCAGAACCUGUGUUUCUUAGAACAUUUAAUUUUGUCUGUUCUGUUCUUUAAAGCUUUUCCUAGAAUGGAAAUGUGUAUUCCUCAUUUUAUUUGUGUUUAAUGCUGGCCUAACUAUUACCAAGGCCAUGCUGGAGAAAUGGCACUCCGAUCUUAGAGGAUUCACUGACGUUUUCUUAGGUUUUAUAUAGAUGUUUACAAUUUGUUAUAUUGUAUUCUGUCCAUUUUGUGUGCCUGUGCGUGUGUGUGUUUGUGUGUGUGUGUGUGUGUGUGUGUGUGUGUGUGUGUGUGUGUGUGUGUGUGUGUGUGAACUAGUAUGAAAGAGCACAUUGUUUGUAUGAAAAGACUUUCAAGUCAUUUAUAUUUGCAUAUUUUUGAACAUGUGUAUGGGUGUAAAGUUAGAAUCAUUAUGUGUUGGAAGGCAGGCACAUCAGCUGGGUUUGGAGGAACUUAAACAUCCUAGCUCCCCCCCCCCCAAAUGUGUAGGUAGACAGGCCAUCUGUGUCGCAGGGAGCCUUUUUGUGUAGUGAAGUUCUUGUUUGCAUGUUACUCUCUCUGUGGCAACCGUAAGCAUGGGAGCCUUUUCGCUUGCUCCAUUCUCCAACCAGAGGGAAAAACCCUCUUACUGGCUGGUGAAUGUCUUAUUAUGUAGAACAUUUUUUUAAAAUGAGAAGUAACAGGUGUGAAUGGGGCAAUGUGAGCGCGAAGCACAACUGUUAGUGUAGGAUUUAAAAGUACGUUAUUCUAAACAUGUUCGGUAUGCCAACAUAGGCUAUAAAAAUGUCUGUAUGCUAAUAACUUGCUUAUCUAAUGUGCGCUGAACAUUUUACAUGUAUUGUUUUACCUUGACACUGCAUGCUUUUUUAUGUGAAUUAAAUAAAGGAUGUCAUAUACACUACA